GGUCUCAGUCUGUCUCAGUUAGGUUCUACGGAUAACUAUAGAUCGAUUAUUUUAAUGAUAAAAGAGGUGAUCUUACUGUUGAGUGUCAAAAAAUCUCGUCAUUAAUAAACAGGUCAAUAAUUACUCUUUGUACAUUAAGAUAUAUAACUACAAAUAUCCGGGCACGAGAAAGAGUCUAUCAAGAGGAGAUAAUUUUUUAACGUGUGUAUCUUUGAUAUUUCUUACUCCAAAUGGCACUGACAGGACCCGACUUGCCGAAAGUUCCAAUUCCUUUAAAAAGCAUACAGCCAUAUCUCACAGUCGCAACGAAGCAUGACCAGCGGGAUAGUGUUGUCAGUUAUUGGUGUCGACUGUAUGCGCUUCAAACUGGAUUAAAGCUCUCGACCAAGACGUCAGAGGAGACCACUCUUUUGAUGAAGUUAAUGGAUUGGUUAGAAGCAACAAAAAAACAAUUGCACGACAAUGAAGCUAUCACUAACGACGUAGCCGCUCAAGCGCAUAUAGAAAAUUGGGCCUUGAAGCUUUUCUUAUAUGCCGAUAAGAAUGACAGGGCUGCAAACUUUUCUAAGAAUGUACUGCAGAGCUUUUACACUGCUCAGAUAUUGUAUGAUGUAUUGACACUGUUUGGAGAAUUGAGCGUCGAGGCGACGCAGAAUCGCAAGUAUGCUCAAUGGAAAGCAGCUUAUAUUCACAAUUGUCAAAUAAAUGGAGAAACGCCAGUGCCUGGGCCGAUGAAGGAACAAGAUGAUGAAAGUAAUACCGUCAAUACAUCAUCAAUUGACAAUGAUGGAGAGCCUAAAUCAAAUGUAGAGCCCGAAAGUCCUAAGGAUAAUAUUUUUCCAAGCGUUCCAUCUAUCCCUGCAAGUCCACCAGCUGCAAAAACACAAUCAUUUGAGUCGGAAGAUGAUAUGUAUAAAACUGAAAGUGGUACCAACUUGUCAGUUGAGCAAAUUGGUAAGGCUCAAAAAUUUAUUAAAUGGGCAAGCAGUGCAUUAGACUAUGAUGACAUAGCUACUUCUGUAAUGAACCUUCGGAAUGCUUUGCAUCUUUUAACUACUGGCCAGGAGCCCGUGUAGAUAAAAAAUUGGAAACAAAACCUACAUUAACGUUUUGUAAUUAAUUACUUGAACUUAUUGCCUACUACUUAUUGCUUGUAACAUGUAUAGUGGCCAGUAAAAAGAUAUUUUACUAAUAUUUCAUAAUUUUUACAAGCUUUGAUACAGAUAAAAAUGAGUAAAAAGGAUAUGAUUACAGUUAGCUAGUCAAACCGACCUUGAAUAUGGUGCACUUAAUAAAAUUGUUACAAACUGUGUUUCUAGAUUGUAACUUGUUUUAGAUAAGAGAUGUAUAGUUGUAUAAAGUAUCAUAUUUAUUAAAACUAUUAGAUCUAUGCGUAAGUUCAUAAAAUUUUUUUAUUAAAGCAUUUAUAAAAAUAAGGUGCAACAAUAUAAACACUAAAUAAUUCAAAAUAGAUUUCCAUAAUUUUCUAUCAGUGUUCUGGCAACAAAUGCAUAACGAUAGAAAGUCAUUAGGUUCUAACUAGAAUAAGAAAAACUUGUAAAGUGCAUAGAAUUUACCUAAUGUUUACUUUCAGAAUACUAAUAUUCUUUUUAAUAAAGAUUUUAGUAUCGCUA